CAACGUGCUGCCAUCUCCGUUCGCCAUCUCAGCACUCUCACAUGGGUUUCUGCGUACGCUUGUGACCGCAAAGAUGGCUUCCUCUUUACUGAAGGUUGCAGUUACAGGUCUCUCGAGGUGUGCAUUGCACACCUUACCUUCAGUGAGGGCAUUGUCUCUGACUGUACCCGUUAGUCAAGGUGUCCCUCGGUCAUUAUGGAAGUUAGGCAGGCUGAGUCAUGUGGCUAUCGCAGUGCCAGACCUAGAGAAAGCCACAGCACUCUACCGUGAUGUGCUGGGGGCUCAAGUAAGCGCCACUGUGCCUCUCCCUGAGCAUGGGGUGUACACUGUGUUUGUGGAACUGGGAAACACCAAAUUAGAGCUUCUGCACCCUCUGGGAGAGAAAAGCCCUAUUGCAGGAUUCCUGCAGAAGAACAAAGCCGGGGGGAUGCAUCAUAUCUGUAUUGAGGUGGAUGAUAUCAAUGCUGCAAUAGUUGAUUUGAAGGAAAAGAAAAUCAGACUGCUCUCCCCAGAGCCACAGAUAGGAGCUCAUGGCAAACCUGUGAUGUUCCUCCACCCUAAAGACUGUGAUGGGGUUCUUGUGGAGAUAGAACAAGCCUAGCUAUUACACAUGAGAUUGUUAUCUAGUAAACAGUGACACUUUGAUUAGGCUGUUCAUUUGUGAUCAUUGCAAGAAAAAUUGGACGAUUCCACUUCAUUUUUAACCUGUUAUGGUGUACUUGAUAUUCUUGGCUUUUGCCUUUUUUCUUUUCUUUUUUUUUUCUGAUGUAAAGAUUUUCUUUAGUGACUUCAUAAAUUUAUUAAUUUAAGUUAGUUUGAUCCUUUGGCCCUUUACAAGCUCACACAUUCAAAAUGUGUACAAAUAUUGUAAAGCUUGUUAAAUUUUCCUCUUUUUGUAUUUAUGUUUGUGGGGUACACUAGGUGUUUUUGUUGUUUUUUAAUGAUGAUUACAACAAUAGAAGCCAAAAUAAGCUCAAUUAAAUGCAUGUUUUAAAUGCUAUAAUAAAAUAUCAGAUACGUUUUGCUAUGUGUAUGAAUGUGAAUUGAAAUCCUUGCAAGCCUCUCAUCUGGCUCUCUAUGGAACAGACAGAUUGGAGCUUUCUUUUUUUGCCUGACAACAACCAUGUAUUCGGGAGACAAGUUGGCUCAUACCCAUCUCUCCGCUGUAGUCAACCCCCCGCCAAAUAGAAAGCUGUUUUUGUUCUCAUGCCUUAAAUCUGCCUUUAAAAAAAAAAGAGAGAUAACUAGAGGAGUAAAAUUAGGAACCAAUGUUUGUGGGCUUUCUCACUGUGUUUUCUCCAAGGUCCUGUUUGAAUUUUCCAGCUUCAGCACCA